CCAUGAUCAUUUUCUACCGGUUUUUGCAUACAUAUAUCGAUGGUGACAUAACACAUUUGCAUAACACAUUGUUUGUAAUUGCUUGUUUUUUCAAAAAUGUAAGAAACUUACAUUUGCUUUCAAGAGAGAAAGAAAAAAAUAUUGUAGUCAAUACUGUUGCUCGCUUAACACGUAGAAUUACGACCCUGUCUUUCCAUUAAGAAAAACUUACAAAAAAUAAUAUCAUGUCGCGUUCUUGUAAAAACCGUCAAGCUAUCGUUCCUAGACUUUUAAAAACUUACGAAAUGAGUGGAGCAGUAUAUGAGUAUGCAUGUAUCUACCGCUGCAAUAAGUUGCGUUCUUAGAAAACCAUCAUAUGUUGGAGAACAAAUAAAAAAGACUAAGCAGAAAGAGGGCUGUAACAUUUGGGGUGAGCAUCGCUGUAGUUCUAACUGUGGUAGUAACGAUAAUAAUCGUUUUACUCGUUGCUGGUACAGAAAUUAAGAAUUCAGAAAACGAAAGUGAUACUUCGCAUUUCGGAGUAUAUACAAAGGGUGCAGUGUCUACGAACGGACAAGAAUGCGCUCAGAUAGGUGCCGGUAUGUUGAUGAGAGGUGGUUCUGCUGUCGAUGCGGCUAUAGCAUCCCUCUUGUGCGAGGGCGUUGCAUCAUUACAUAGCAUGGGGCUGGGCGGUGGAUUUUUAAUGACCAUUUGGGACUCUACUACCAAAACUGCCAAUUAUCUGGAUGCGCGGGAAACUGCUCCAUCUGACGCGCACGAGGAUAUGUUUCAAAGCAACCCUAAUUUAGCGCUAUUCGGUGGAUUAGCAAUUGCUGUGCCGGGCGAACUACUCGGAUAUUGGGAAGCUCAUCAAAAAUACGGAAAAUUGCCAUGGCCCGAUUUAUUUGAGCCUACUAUUUCUUUGUGCGCCACUGGAUCUCGCGUAACUAAAUACCUGGCCUCGUAUUUGAUCAGUAAAGAGCCGUUAAUAAGAGCAGAAAAGUCUUUGGCGGAAAUCCUCAUAAAUCCUAUUACCAAUUCAACAUGGAAGGUAAAUGAUAGAAUAAAGAGGCCGCGUUUGGCAGAGACGUUAAAGUUGAUCGCAAGUCACGGACCCCAUAUAUUUUAUAACGGAACUAUAGCUGAUAGCCUAGUCGAAGAAAUCAAAACUUUCAACGGUAUCAUCAAGAAGGAGGAUUUGCAAAAAUACAGAGUAAAAUGGAUGAAACCGAUAAAAUCAACGAUCGGGAACUUAACGAUGUAUACCGCACCACCACCGGGUUCAGGUGCGAUCCUAACUUUUAUUAUGAACGUUCUUCACGGCGUGGUUCCUCACCCCGACAACAGAAUUAUGUGGCAAACUAUAAUCGAAACGUUUAAAUGGGCUUAUGCUAAAAGAAGCGAAUUGGCUGAUCCUGAAUUCGUCGAUAUCACUUCCGUGCUUGAUAAUCUGACAUCCAUCGACUAUGCCAGCAGUAUUCGAAAUAAAAUUACAAUUAAUAAAACAAACAAUGAUCCGAAAUAUUAUGGUGCUGUUAUGACCACACCAGAGGAUUCAGGGACAUCUCACGUUUCUGUCUUAGCUCCAGACGGAUCGGCUGUAUCAGUCACAUCCACGAUAAAUCAAGUCUUUGGCGCGAUGAGACGUUCAAGAUCGACUGGGAUAAUUUUUAACGAUGAAAUGGACGAUUUUAGUUCUCCAAACAUAACUAAUGGUUUCGACUUACCACCUUCGCCAGCGAAUUUCAUUAGGCCUGGAAAAAGACCUAUGAGUUCUAUGAGUCCAACCAUCGUUGUAGACAAGAAUGGAGAAGUUCGUUUAGUAAUUGGUGCUGCAGGCGGAACUAAAAUCACCUCUGCAGUUGCAAUAGCAAUGGUAUUAAAUCUUUGGUCAGGGUAUAACGUAAAACAAGCUAUUGAUGCGCUUAGAAUUCAUCAUCAGCUCUUACCAAUGGUUGUUCAAAAUGAGAAAGGAUUUUCUCCGGACGUGUUAAAUUAUUUAUGGAGCAUUGGACACAAUGUUUCAACUUACUCAGGAAUUGGAAGUGCAAUUACAGCUAUAUCCAAACAAAACGGAGAAAUAAUUGCUAGCUCAGACUUUCGCAGGGAAGGAAGAACUGCUGGCUUUUAAAUGAUUAUUUAUGAUAGAAUAUUCAUUGAUAAAUAAGUGCGAGCACGCACAUCACACACAUACACACACGUGCCCACGCACUUAUAGUAAGUUAGAGAUAAGGGAUAACAGGAAAAUGUUUCGGUAUGAUUAUACAGAAAUAUCUUUGCCAAGCUCUCCUUUUCUGUCAUAUAGUAUCUCAAAAAGUAUCGAUAAACUACAUAUAACGCAAAAAUGUUUUAUAUUUGCGACGAAAUAAAUUUUUAAUUGACCUUUUUAA